AUGUGGGUUCAGCAUAGCGUUACCCGGCUGGGCCUGGCUUCGCAUGCUAGACCAUAUUAUCUACCUUUGAUUCGUGUAGCCUACAAUACUCGUUCUUUUGCUACCGAGCCAUCGCACAAAGGUGAUGAACAAAAGUUGACCAAGGAACAAGAAGAACUUCUGCGUUUACUUCGCGAAGGGCAAAUCAAGGUGCAAGCUAAGUCUAUGGAGCGCCCCCUCGGUCUGGCUGGUGCGGCUUUAUCGCAAGGCUCUACUGGUGGCUCACGUCGUAUCGACAAAUGGAUCGGGCAGGGUAAGAAAUGGCAAGACUUGAGUGGCGGCCAAAAAGUGGCUCGUGCUACCGUCAACACGUCACGUCUAUUUGUUAUCGGCACUGGUGCGCUUCUUACUAUUGUGAUCGGUUAUGCUCUUUCCACGGAACUGUUUGCCCGAAACAGUCCGACCGUGAUUUAUAGUGAGGCAUGCAAACUGAUUCAGAAAAGCGACAAGAUUCACGCCUACUUGUUGGAGCCAUACCGAUUCCAAACUUCGCUGACAGAGUUCCGAAGCGACUAUUCGCCUUUGAACCCGCCAUCGCAUCCUCAUCGUCCCUCGCAGACCGUUCACUCUAUGCGGUAUUUGGAUCCCCGUACUGGUGAGGAUAAGAUGAUGUUGCAUUUCUAUGUCGAGGCGCGUGAUAAGGACCAACCACUAGGAUAUUGGCAAUAUGCCCGCUCUAGCGUGAUUAGUGGUGCACAGUGGCUUAAAGUGAAGGCCAUUGAAGGGUACGAUGCUGCCCAGGCAUGGUGGCAUGAGCAGGCCGAAGAUACAUCGGCGAAACCUGUGCCUGUUCUUCCGCCCAAACCAGCCAGUGAGCCCUGGUGGAUUACACGGAAACUUCGCGGCUUUGUGCACAAUGUGCAUGAGGUCGUGGGCAACACUAGCGAUGCGGUUGGCAUGUCCUCGUUGGACCUCGCUGGUCUUCGCACGGUGCCAGGCACGUGGACCGAGGGCGAAGUGCAUGUUGAGCUGGUUAAGGAUGGGAACGGCACGUAUCAAUACAAGCAUUUCUACGUGGAUAUCCCGAACUCGCACUCGCCGCUGCGCCGUCGCGUGCGUCUUGACCCUCGCCAUGGCGAAGUGCCUCAGCGAUAA